CCUAGCAUUUAUAAAAUGACGAAUGUGUGGCAGUCGCCGGCUCUCCAUCUAUUGCGUAGAUGCGUGAGCGCAUGGCUUGCGAGUUGCGCCGGCGACCGGCAGAGAGGCGGUGCCCGCGGCGGCGCGCGGACGAUGGCGCGCUGGCUGUGGGCGACUUCGCUCUUCGCAGCUCUCGCGGUCGACGCUUGGCGGCCUCCCUCGCAGCCCGUCCUCGUGCCGAUCGUACGCUCGCGAGUCCCUCGACACACUCGCGGUCUACGCCACCUCCACAUCCUCGGCUGGCAUCUCGAGCUGCAAGAGAACCGUGCGAUACGAUCCCCCUACUACAACGAGUGUCAAUUCUACAAAGGACGUGUGCUUUAUGAAGAACAGUCAACUGUGACGGUGACGGAGUGCGAAGGACAGCUGUAUGGGUUACUCCAAGUGGAUGGAGAGGAUUUCGUUUUACAACCGACUAAGCCGGAGGGCCAUGUGCUGAGGCGUCGCGACGUGCUGUCUGAGCAGCCGGUGGCCUACAACCUCACUGGAGAUAUGGUCUCCGAUUUCGACAUUGACUUCGACGAAGAUGAGGUGAUGCCAGCGAUGCACGUGCGUCCUCGCUUUAGCGGCAAAUCAGACGUCGAUUACGUUAGAAAUGGUUUCCGGACUUACACAAGACCAGUUUCAGGCGCGAAAGGAUUAUGGCUCGAAUUAGCAAUAGUUGCAGAUCAUACGAUGCUGAAGUUUCACGGUCGGGAGCGAGUCAAACACUACAUCUUAGCUAUAAUGAACAUCGUCAGUGCCAUCUUCAACGACCACUCUCUGGACUCGAACAUGACGCUCGUUAUCAACAAACUGUUUAUGUACGAAGAGAAAGAUCCUGUUAUAAAGUACGGGAAUGUAAAGAAAUCGUUAGAGGCAGUGAACAAAUGGAAUUAUCGACACCUCAUGAAAUUACCAACAGACAGCACCGGGUGGGAUGCAACAGUGUGGCUGACGCGCGCUCCUCUUGGGGGUCCCUCAGGGUUCGCCCCAGUCGGAGGGGUCUGCACUCGCACCCGAUCCGCCGCCAUAGACAGAGACGAAGGCCUCACCAGCGCGUUUGUCAUCGCGCACGAGUUGGCACAUCUGUUAGGUCUCACUCACGAUGGUGAAGGGCAAUGCGAAGCGGAGGGUCUUAGGGGGUCAGUGAUGGCACCCACUGUUCUGGCAACACUUCACAACUACGCGUGGUCUUCGUGCUCCAAGCAACAGUUUCAUGAGAAGUCCAAGAAAUGGUGGUGCCUACACGAGAGGAGUCAAGACGAGGGUGUGGAGCUAGGGGGCGCUAAGGAACUCUCGAAUUACGUCUUCACUAUGGAUGAGCAGUGUCGUACUGAGUUCGAUGAAGGAUUCUCAGUGUGCAAGUCCGUGAAGGUGAAGUCUUCUUGCGCGCGGCUGUGGUGCGCGCACCGCUCCAUGCCUCACGUGUGCCGCUCCAAGCGAGCUCCACCUUUAGAAGGGACUCCCUGUGGAGCCAACCAAUGGUGCGUCGACCGCAUUUGUGAACCCAUGCCAGGCCACGUGGUGGACAAUAAAGGGAAGAAAGAAACACCAUCUAAGCCAGUGUGGGGAGAGUGGAGUGCUUGGAGCAAAUGUAACGCUGACUGCGGUUAUGGACUACGUUCGCGGAUACGACGCUGCCGGCAUAAAGGUUCAUCGUCAGAUAGUUGCGAAGGCGCCGGGUCGCAGGUAGCCACGUGUUGGUCGGGCCGCGCGUGCGCCACUAUCAGGGACAUGCGAGCUGAUGUAUGCUACAGGCAGGCCAGCCAUCUCAUCCCCUACCUACAUCCUGAAGAAUCGAAACAUUGUGAAAUAUGGUGCGUGGACUACGCUGGCGGGGAGCCUGCCAGCUUCGGACCCCUACCCGACGGAACCUCCUGCAGUUACGAGCGACCCUUCGAUCUCUGCUACCAGGGCACAUGUGUGCAAGGCCAGUGCAACGGCACCGACCCGGCGUGCAACUGGUGUCCAGACGGCUACUGUAACAACAACACGCAUCUCUACACACGACAACUUGGAAAAGGUUGGACCCGACUCACCGUCAUCCCUCACGAAGCGAACCAACUGUCCGUCCACAUCGCGACACCAGUAGCACUGAACAUCGCAAUACGAGAGCGUCGCCGCGACCGACCCAUCCUCGAGCUGAUCAAACACUCAAAACGCUUCGAACUGGACCACAGACAGGACAACUAUUUGAAAUACGACCCAAACGUACCACAGAAUCUACAGAUCAUUGAGGUUGACAGCAACGUGAUUGACAUAAAAGAAGGGGACCAUUUCGGGUGGGAAGGGGAGGCGAUAGCGGCCGGCAGUCUGCUCCGGUGGAAGCAAACAGAUGCCGAUGUGUUUAUAACGUCUACGUCUAGACUGCACAGCGAUUUGAUGAUUAUGGCAGUCCCAGAACAUUCUAUACCUUCUCACGAGACGGCCUCCGUCGAAGUGUCUGUUAAUUACACCACGCCCGCAGGCCGCACCAGACCUAUGGAAUACAGGUGGUCGAGUGAGCGGGGGCCAUGCUCGGUGUCCUGCGGCGGUGGGGUCCGCGUCAUUCGGCCACGGUGCCCCCGCGACCAACACUGUGGCCCCUCUCGAUACGAGCGAUGUAAUACACACAGUUGCAAUUUCGCGUGGGCAACAGGCGAGUGGGAGGAGUGCAGUGCGACGUGCGGGGAGAGGGGGGUGCAGGAGCGGCAGCUCUUCUGUGUGCCAGCUAACAUGAGUUUAACAACGAGAAAGGAAAUGAUAAGGAGAAGCGUGUCUUCAGCGCUCUGCCCUCCCACUGAACCACAGAAGAAACAACCCUGCAACCGGAUAGCCUGCCCAGUCUACUGGCAAGAGAUGCCUUGGACACAGUGUUCAACAACCUGCGGUCGUGGGGUGUCUCACCGGCCUCUAGUUUGCCCGGCAUCUAAUGAGGCGCUAUGCGGCACCAAACCUCGCGAGCGCCGUCGACGCUGCCGUCUCCGCCGCUGCAAGCCAGCCGAUUGUCCAGCCAAGGACGCCACGCAGUACUGCGAAUUCUUCACCAGAGAACAGCUCCAGAGGAACUGCGUCGUCCCACCGUUCAAGAACUAUUGUUGCAACGCUUGCAAAUAUGUCGGACGUAUAGAUGGUGUGUCAUAAACAGAUUUGUAGAUAACUGGAUUUGGGUUAAUCAGUUAUUUAUGCCCCUUUAAGGGAAUUGUGCUGGACAUGAGAUGUUUACACUGGGUUAUACUCAAUGCAUAUGAGGUACAGCUUAUUAGUUUGUUAGAUGACCUACAAUAUUGUGUAUGACUUUGUGACAAAUGUAUUAUUAUUAGGGAAUUUAUUUAUACGUAGAUAUAAUUGACCCUGUAACAAAUAAAGUACUUAUCCCUUAAGUAAAAUUUAAAUGAUCGUCUCAUCUGUUUCUGGGUUUUAAGGUACCAAGUCGAGCAAAAAAGAGGUUAUUAUAUCUAUUAUGAAAUACAAUUAAACAAUGUGUACCUAACUUAUACCAACAUUAUUUUACUAUGGACGCGUUAGCUAUCUAGGAAUCGGUUUUCAUAAACGGUACUACAACUACUACAUCUACCUACAACAACUACUACAAUUCAGCGUCUCAACCCUACAAUACAUAAAAGCACAGUUACUUUGGACCUAGAAUUCUCGUAUUCGCGACGAUGUAGUGCGCUAUGGAGCUUCGCUGUUGAAAAACAGAAACAAGUACAGAUUAUACAGUAUUUACUUUUGUAAAAAAAUAAGAAAUAGUAUAAUGUUUUGUACCCAGUAUUCUGGUAUAGUUGUCUAUAUCAAAUAUUUAUGUAAGUAGAUAAACUUAGAAGUUAAGAUAUUCACAUCAGUCGAAAAGAAGUGCCAUAAUGUAAUUGUACUUCAUCUCUUAAAAUAAAUGUUUUAGACAAAUAAAA